AUGGGCAAGAAGCGCGUUCUCAUCUCGUACGGUGUUGAUGUAGAUGCGGUAUGUGGAUGGCUUGGGUCGUAUGGCGGAGAAGACAGCACCAGCGACAUAUCGCGUGGUCUGUUCGCUGGCACGGUUGGUACGCAGCGCCUCUUGAAGAUGUUCAAGAAGUACAACAUCAAGACCACAUGGUUCAUUCCAGGUCAUAGUCUGGAGACAUUCCCGGAAGACAUGGCAGCAGUACGCGAUGCAGGACACGAAAUAGGCCUCCACGGUUACAGUCACGAGAACCCCUCCGAUAUGAGCAUGGAACAGCAACACCACGUGCUAGACAAAACAUAUCGCAUGUUGACUGAAUUUGCUGGCAAGCCUCCCCGAGGAAGCGUUGCGCCAUGGUGGGAAACAAGCCGCGAAGGUGCCGAACUGCUGCUAUCGUACGGCAUUGAGUACGAUCACAGCAUGAGCCACCACGACUGUCAACCUUACUAUCUGAGAACCGGAGAUACCUGGACCAAGAUUGACUAUAAGAAGAAGGCCAAGGACUGGAUGAAGCCACUCGUUGCAGGUCAACAGACUGGCCUAGUCGAAAUCCCAGCAAACUGGUAUCUGGAUGACUUGCCACCGCACAUGUUCAUCAAGGCUUCGAAGAACAGCCAUGGCUUCGUGAAUGCACGAGAUACCGAGGACCUAUGGAGGGACCAUUUCGACUACUUCUACCGCGAAUACGACGAGUUCAUCUUUCCCAUCACAAUCCACCCUGAUGUAUCUGGACGACCACAUCUCCUGCUGAUGCACGAGAGGUUGAUCGAGCACUUCAAGAAGCAUGAAGGCGUUGAGUUUGUGACGAUGGAGGAGAUGGCGGAUGAGUUCAGAAAGAAGAACCCGCCGCCCGAAGGAGCGCUCAUGCCAUCUGAAGCGGGACUCAAGUUGAAGGAGUCCCCGAUUAACUAA